AUGAAAUUUAUUUUAAUAUUAGUCUUCACUUUUGGCCUGAAUGCCCUAAUGUUCAGAGGUGUGAAUGAUAAAUUAACAGAGCAUGUGAUACAGGUAAUUGAACCGCAUUAUUUAAGUAAAUACGCGAAUAAGUAAAAAAUCCAUUGAGCCAAAAUUACCACUCAGCAUAUGAUAGAUUGGCUUAUUACGUUGAUACAUUUGGUCCUAGAUUAUGGGGAUCGGAGAAUAUGGCAGAUGCAGUUGACGCUCUCUAUAAGGAUAUUCAGACAAUGGGAUUUGACAGAACUUGGAAAGAAAAUCUGGGAGAGAUUACAUCUUGGAAGAGAGGAGAAGAAAGUGUCACAUUAUUUGAUCCAAGAGAAAUACCUCAGAAAUUGAAUAUGAUUGGAUUGGGAUGGACCCCUGCUGGAAGUGUAAAGGCUGAAGUGGAAGUAGUUCAUUCAAUUGAGGAAUUGAAAUCGAAGGAUGUGAGAGGAAAGAUUGUAUGUUACAAUUUUGAAUGGAAUGGGUACGAUUCUGGUGUGGCAUUCAGAUAUGCAGGACCUGUAGAAGCAGAAAAGGCAGGAGCAAUCGGUACAAUGAUCAGAAGUGUGGCUAGUGUAUCAAUUGCAUCACCACAUACAGUAUAUAUUUUGUUAGAAUUUCAAGGGAAUGACGGAUUAUAACAAUAUCAAAUAUCCAGCAGUUGCAAUUACUGUUGAGGAUGCAGAUAUGCUAGACAGGAUGAGAAAAAGAGGCUAAAAAGUAGUAGUGGAAAUCAAAACAGAAGGAUAGUAAUAUAAAACAACUAGUGAUAACGUCAUUGCAGAAAUCAAGGGAUCGACAUAUCCAGAUGAGAUCUUGUUAAUGGGUGGUCAUUGGGAUUCAUGGGAUGUUGGAUCAUAAACAGGAGCCAAUGAUGACGGUGGUGGUGUUAUUGUCUGUUUAGAGGCAUUAAGAGUCUUAAAUACAUUGGGAAUUAGACCAAAGAGAACAUUAAGAUUCAUUGCUUGGAGUGGUGAAGAGAUGGGCUAGUACAACAAUGGAGCAGUCCAUUACGCUCUUAAUCACGGCAAAGAAAAUCAUAUAAUUGCAUUCGAAUCUGAUUUAGGAUCAACCAAACCAUAUGGAUUUGGUAUCACAGCUGGAUAGCAAUUUACGUAAUUUUAUAUCUACAAAACUAUUAGACAAUUAGUAACAUAUUUGGCUUAAGAAUAUUUAACCGGUAUUGGAGCUGAACGCAUCUUUCCAAAUGAUGGAGAAGCAGUAGAUAGUGGAAUUUUGGCUGAAUUCACUGGAACUCCUCUGUUGAACAAUCGAAUAGCUGACAACAAAAAUCAUGACUUCUAUUUCACUUAUCAUCACACUGCUGGCGAUUCUAUGUGGAUGAUGGAUCCAGAAGAUAUGGAUGAUAAUGUAGUUGCCAUUGCCAGUAUCAUGUAUUUGAUAGCUGAUUAUGAUGGACCCAUUCCAAAAGAUUGAGUAAAUUAAAUAUUGUUAUUAAAUGAAAA